AUGGAGGCCUUCCUUCAAAGGGUUUCUUACUAUAGAAAGAUGUUCCUGACACAGUUCUUCCUCAUGGUGAGCGUCAGUUACGGUUUGAUCUUGGCAGUCGUCCUUCGACCGUGGGGGAAAAGUCUUCUCAGCAUCAGCAUUGCUGGGCGUUUGUUCUAUCGCCUGGUGCGUUGGACGACCGGGAUCCGAGUGCAGGUGGUGGAGGGAGCAGAGAGGCUGCAACUGAGGGAAGCAGUUUUCGUGGCCAAUCACCAGAGCGAGCUCGAUAUCUUCAUCUUUUCCGGGAUCAUCCCUAAGUACUGCACUUUGGCAGCCAAGAGUGAUCUGAAGGCGGUGCCGAUUAUCGGAUGGUUUUUAUGUGCGACAGAGACUCUGUUCGUCGAUUUCAAGAACAGCAAGUCGACGAUCGAUGCAUUCAAGAAAGCGGCCAUCGAGCUCAGACGACGUAGACAUGGAGUGUUCAUCUUCCCGGAAGGCGAGCGCUCCUUCUUCCUCAAGCCGAACCUUUUACCUUUUAAAAAGGGCGCAUUCCACCUUGCCGUACAAGCCCAAGUGCCUAUUGUUCCGAUUGUGGCCAGCAACUACGCGGAUAUUGCAGAAAAGCGAAGCAAGACUCUCCGUCCUGGGAAGAUUCUGGUGAAAGUCAUGGAACCGAUUGAUACCAGGAAUUUUACGGCUGCAGAUGUCGAAGGGCUUAGAACACGGACGAGAGAGAAGAUGCUCCAGGAAGUGUUGUCCCUCACUGCACAGGGUAACCCAAUCCCCCAUCCCCAAGCUGGCUGA